AUGCUCUCAAGGACAAGGCCCGCUGUAGGGCCAGGGGCAGCCCCGACUGGCAAAGAUGUGAAGAAAAAGAAAAAGAUGCCCACGGUGGAAGAGUUUCUGGACAUGAGAGAUUACACCGGAGCAAUUACUCUCCUUGAGUUCAGCAGAAAUGCUGGAAAGGGCAAUGAGGAGACAGACAUGUGGAUAGCUUAUUGUGCAUUUCAUCUUGGAGACUAUAAGCGUGCAAUGGAGGAGUAUGAGAGACUGACAAAGAGGGAGGGUGUGAACCCAGACGUAUGGCUGUAUUUGGCGUGCUGUCAAUUCUUCCUCGGGAUGUACCCAGAAUCAGAUGAAAAUGCUGCGAAAUCAGGUCCAAAGGGGAGACUCCAGAACCGGCUCUUGUUCCACCUGUCCCACAAGUUCGGCGACGAGCGGCGAUUGAUGAGCUUUCACCAGAACCUUCAGGACAUCAUCGAGGACCAGCUCUCCCUGGCCUCCAUCCACUACCUCCGCAGCCACUACCAGGAGGCCAUAGACAUCUACAAGAGGAUCCUGUUGGACAACAGGGACUACUUGGCAUUGAAUGUGUACGUUGCGUUGUGUUACUACAAACUCGACUACUACGACGUUUCACAAGAAGUGCUAGCUGUGUACCUACAGCAGUUUCAGGACAGCGCAAUAGCCCUCAACCUCAAAGCCUGCAACCACUUCAGACUCUACAAUGGGAAGGCUGCUGAGGCUGAGCUGAAAGCCCUCCAGGAGAUGGCCUCACCUUCAUUCCAGUUUGCUCAAGAUCUCAUCAAGCAUAAUCAGGUGGUGUUCAGGAGUGGAGAAGGCUCCCUGCAAGUGUUGCCGCCGUUGAUCGAUGUCAUUCCCGAGGCCAGACUCAACCUGGUCAUCUAUUUCCUCAAACAAGAUGACAUCCCCGAAGCCUACAAUCUGAUCAAAGACCUGGAGCCCACCACGCCCCAGGAGUACAUCCUCAAAGGUGUCGUGAACGCCGCCCUGGGACAGGAGCAGGGCUCGAGAGAGCACAUGAAGAUAGCCCAGCAGUACUUCCAGCUGGUGGGGGGAUCUGCCAGUGAAUGUGACACCAUCCCAGGAAGGCAGUGUAUGGCGUCUUGUUUCUUCCUUCUCAAACAGUUUGAGGAUGUGUUGAUUUAUCUGAACUCAAUCAAGAGCUAUUUCUACAAUGACGACAAUUUCAACUUCAACUACGCCCAAGCCAAGGCCGCUGUGGGCAACUUCAAGGAGGCGGAGGAGAUUUUCCUCCUGAUUCAGAAUGAGAAAACGAAAAAUGACUACACAUACCUCAGCUGGCUGGCUAGGACAUACAUCAUGAACAGAAAGGCGCGGCUAGCGUGGGAGUUGUACCUCAAGAUGGAGACGUCCGGCGAGUCCUUCAGUCUGCUACAGCUCAUUGCCAACGACUGCUACAAGAUGGGCCAGUUCUACUACGCUGCUAAGGCCUUCGACGUCCUGGAGCGACUGGACCCUAACCCGGAGUACUGGGAAGGGAAGAGAGGGGCGUGUGUGGGUGUGUUCCAGCUGAUCAUUGCCGGCAGUGAGCAGAG